AUGUCUCGACGUCGCACGCCCCGCGAUUCGAACGCCUCGACCGUUUUCACCGACAUCGAGACCGAAGAUCCGAUCCCCAGCUUCUUCAACCACAGCUUCUCGACCUACCGCGUGUCACCUCUCCAUGUCGGCGACGAGCCCUUGACAGAAGCACGACUCGGCGCACUGUCGCGACGCUUGCGGGACGUCCUCGUCGGCGACGUUGUGCGUGGUGUCCACAUUGGACUCGAAUCGAGCGCGACGGCAGCAGGAGCUCAGGUUGGCGUGCUCAAGGCCGUCCGAGUGCGUCUGUUCCGCGCCGAAGAUGUCUUUGGCACGGGCGUCCAGGACAGCGAGGACGUAGGCAGUGCAUGGGCUGCCCUGUCGGACGAGCAGAAGCGAGGUUUGUGGAUCAGCGUCCAGUACGAGAAUACAAGCUAUCAUGCACUCCUGCUCCCAACCAUCCAACAACAGGACAAGGCUACACCCCAGGCAUGGCAGAUGCAGCCCGGCAACAGCAGAUUGAGAGGAAAACAGAGCGCGUCCAGAGACGACAUCUUCCUUCACCUCCCACUCAUGCUCUUCCGAAUGCCUCUCGCACUGAGGAACAUUAUCAGCGACUGGCUGUCUACAACCUUUGACUGCCGCGUGAGCAAGCUGGCGCUUGGGACGCGAACCCUGGUGACCGUCUGGGAAGAAUGGAUCGACGCGAUUGGGAUUGCGGCCCGAGGCUCGGACUUUGUCAUAACGCUUGCCUUCAACGCGCCCUUGGCAGAUCCGUCGAGAGCAGCAGACAACGACGACGAGGAAGACGAGGGUCCGCAGUCGUACAAGUCAGGUCUGCGGUCCAUCGACAUUACAAUGCAGCCACAAGAUCUGCGUCGCUUCGUGCGCGCGGGCAAGGCCAUCGCAGAGCCACGAGCGAAGACAGGUGCUUCCUGGGAGACCGAUCAUCGCGAACGUCGCAGACUGGCGGGCAACGACUCUGACAAUGGUUGGGCAUGGCUCUUGUCGGGUCAAGCGACCGAGCAGCAGCCAUUCACUAAUGCUCUUGCACGGUAUCUGGAUCACCACCUUGCGCUGAACCUGUUCCAUCCCAGCGUGCGUGUUGUGCAGAUUGCCGCCAACGGCUAUGUCUUGGCGUCGAGUCGCUUGAAGAUUGUCAGCAAGGACGCGCCGAACAGCAGCCUGUCCAAGGCGACGUGGAUGUUUAUCACGACCAUUGGACAGCGCAUCAGCGGCGAGGCGCUUCCGGCGAUAUUUACGUGA